ACACUGCGCGCAUGCGCGUUUCCUCAGGCUGUACGAGGGCGAGGCCGCCAUUUUGCAUGCAUUGAGUGGACGACAGGGCAGUCUCUUUGCGAGCCGUUGUGUUUGCUCUAGGGGCGUUGAACCGAGCAAGACCGAAAACCCUGCCACAGAAUCGCCGCCAUGGAGAACGGAGGGGACCAGGCAUGUCAGCCAGAGGAGCCCAAGAUCGAGCUUUUCGUGAAGGCUGCUUCAGAUGGCACAAGUCUUGGCGACUGUGUGUUCUGCCAACGGAUCUUCAUGAUCCUGUGCCUUAAGAAGAUCAAGUUCAGUGUCACGACAGUAGACAUGACCAAGAAGCACCUAUUCAAGGCACUUCCAUCCUUAGGCACCAAAAUCCCCCUCCUGAUGAUAGAAGGGGAAGAGCCCAUCACCGACGUCACAGAAAUGGCCAACUACUUGGAGAAGAGGCUGGCGCCCCCAAUGUACCCCAAGCUAGAGCCCAACAACCCUGAGGCCGCCAUGGCAGGCACCGAAAUUUUCCAGAAGUUCUCAAAGUUUAUCAAGAAUAACAACAAGGAUGACACAGAGCGAUUGCAGCGGGCCCUCUACAUCUCGUUGGUACAGCUGAAUGAGUUCCUGAUCAGGCGGCUUCCCGAUGAGAUAGAUGACGACACAGAUGAAAACAGCCCUUCGGAGCGAAAAUUCCUCGACGGCAACCAGCUAACGCAUCCCGACUGCAAUCUCCUUCCCAAGCUUCACCACGUCAGAGUGGCCGUCAAACUGAGGCAGUGGGAAAUCCCCCAAGAUCUGACAGGACUGUGGAGGUACCUCAAUGCAGCGUACGAAACGGAGGAGUUCAAGAAGACGUUGUACCCGGACGAGGAGGUCUGCUUGACAUGGAAAAAGCACAUGGACCAGGUUUGGAAGUGAGUUGGCUUGACUAUGCAGCAUGUCCACCCCAGCCCACCAUCACAGAGUGAAUGAUAGUACAGUCCCAUUCCACUUGCCGUGCCGAUGCAUGUGGUUUCAUAUGAUGAACUAACAACUCCUCAGGAUGUGCCAUUGCAUGCGGGAAAAAAAAAGAUUCCAGAUUUGCUGUUAUUUUAUUUGUAACAUAUGGUUUCCAGUACUGCCUUAGUUGAAACACAUAAUGAUAAAACUUCAAUUUCUUCAGUUGUGACUAUUAUUAACAAAGUAAUAUGUUAGUUCUUGUUUUUUUUCUAUCAGUUUACCUGUGUUGCUGUUAUAGUCUUAAAUGGGUGUAUCUGAGGUAGAAGCAGUUGACUCUGCAAAAAAAUCUUUCAAAAUUUAUCAUAAUUUGGAAGGCCAAUUAUAAUUAUCAUUCUAAAAACUUAGAUUCAUCAUGAUGUUAUGCCUCCAUUUCAACACACAUACAGUACUGAGGUCUAUAAUCAAGUGAUGAUUUACUAAUUAGCAUGUAUCCUUUCACAAUAAUACUAAAAAUUCAACCAUUAGAAAACCUCUGAUGCACCCACUGCUCUAAUACUAAUCUAAAAAGUUUAACAUAAAAAAACUAAGUAAAAUUUGGAAUGUUAAGGACUAUAGUUGCUUUGUAUGUGAAUGGAAGAUGUUUGUAGGCAUAACAUCGGUGUGCGAAGUAUGAUGACUAAGCAAAUGGAGAAGAGAAUAAUUUUUGUAAUAGUUUAUGACUUCAGCUUUUGCAGUUUGGGUAGGAAAAAUUUCUGGAGUGAUAGUGGGAGAAGCAAAAACAAUAUCAUUAUGAAAAGUAAAGAAUGUUUAGUUGUGAUGAUUUCUUUUCCUUUAUUGUGAUUGUUCUUUUUUUAGUUAACUGUGAUGUUAUGUUUCUCUGCUGACCCAUUGUUCCCCCUCUAUGUCUUUCCUAUGCCUUUCAUGCUUUUAGGAAAGGUGCAAACUACCGUACUGAGGAGGUAGGCAUUCGCGUGUAAAACUGUGGUUCUCUUGGCAGAGCUAGGCAGUCUUUGCUGCAAGACUGAUUACUUCAGGCCACAGCGAUUUAAUCUGAUCAGUUGUUUCUUGGAUGAACUCUCUUGAAAAUCCAGGUUUUAUUUGUUACACAAGGUCUCCUUAUUCUUAAUCUAACUAAAGUUUACUUCUUUUGACCCACAGUGUUGAAAUAUUUAUGCAUUAAGUCAUGAAUGAUAAUUCCCGUCAAAGAAUUACAGAUUAUUGCUGUUGUUACUUUUGCAACUUAAGUCAUCUUUUCCUAUUUUUAUUUCGUCAUGCUACUGUAACUUUUCCCCAGAAAGAAUCCAAGAAACAACAUGCUGGUAUUAAAUUGUUGUUGUGGCCUUAGGGACAUAACAUGGGCAAAGGAAUUAGAGAUAAUUUAUUCUUCAAAGAUAGAUGUAAUGGUGAAGUCUGUAUGUGAUACUUUCUUGUGCAUUGAUAGCUCUGUGGAGGAAAGUGGUUGUACUGAAGAUUUUCUGUCCAUGCUGUGAAUAGGAAAACAUUCAUGUUCAUUGUUGGUUAACAUGAAAGAGUAUGUCAGGAAAGUUCAGCCACAAGACCAAGUACAUUUUGUAUCCUCCAUUUCACAUAGCAGUGACGAACACACUGUGACAAAGCCAAAAUUGUGCUCCAUAUGGUUUGCCCAGUUCACAGCUUCCCUAGCUCUGCCAACAGGACGUUCCAUUCAGGAUGACAUCAUGUCUUUGAAACUUCCCUUUUGCGAGGGUAACUGAGGAUCAAAGACAUCCUGAGUGCCUGCUGCAUGGGUUUCUUCCUGCAUGCCUCUGUGUGUGUUAUGUCUUGAGAUACAGCAUCAAGGCUUCCCAAAGCCCCAUGGACGGAAAACAAGUUCAUUAGCAGGAUGACUGGGAUCAGUGGUGUAUACUAACCUGCUGUACACAGAUUUCACACCAGGGGAAGUGAUACCAAAUUUGGGUGAAACCAGUUAGAGGGCAGGGAGACAAGUUUGUGGAUUUUUUUCUACAGCUGGGUCUCAUUUGUUUCGUCUGUUUAUAUGUUUGGAUAUAAACCCAAGUGACCUAAACCAUUAGGAGCUUUCUUGUGAAGAAAAGCCAAAGGACAAAAAUAACUCUUUUGUCACAGACCAGGUGGCAGGGCGCUUUGGGAACAGUUGGGCCUCUGUCUCAGUAUUUACUGUGUUUCCGAUUUCUUGCUCUGCAGCAGAACCCAUUUCCGUCUCUCCGUCAUCCCCCCUAACUCUGCACACUGCCUUCUUGACUUUUCAGAUUCUAGUGCCCAGAUGUCACGUGGGAAUGCUGUGCAUGUGGCACCCAAAGCCAGCUGAUUGUGUUACAUUUUCAGACCUGCAAAAAUGUACAAAGUCUCUCAGUAUAUGUCACCUGCUGUGCCCUUGUACAUGUAUAUUUGUGCCAAAGAAUGGACACGCCAUGUCAGCACUAGCAUCCCUCCUUCCAGCAUGUCAGUUCCUACAUGUGUGUAUCUCUUGCACAGUAGGUCUAUCUCUUCUAUCAUUAUGUAUCAUCGAUUUUCAUGGUUAUCAUUUAAUAAUACUCUUUCUGGACCAGAGAUGGGGGCAACUUAAUCCUAUCUCUUCUAUCAAACAUGGUAUUUUAUUGAUUUUGAACUGUAAUAUAUAUUGAAAGCUCCUUUUUUUGCACUGAUAGUGGUGUACAAUAGACGUAUGAAGAAAAUGCCAUGUGAAUCCUCCCUAAGCUUUGAGGAGCUUAGAAUGCUCAUUGUGGAAUGUAGAAAUUAAAAGCAUCUGAUAAUGUUCAACAUGUACUGAUAGUUUACUGAUAAUUUACUAUAUAGCAGUGGAACAAAAUAGUUCAGGUUUUCAUUAGUGAGUUUGACAGUUGUAAGUGUAAAACUUGACCGCUGUAAGUGUAAACCUUGACAACCAAUAUGAAGUAGUCACUCCUGAAAUUAGUUUUGUGUUGAUCAAUUCAGAUUUCUUGAUGAUGAUCUGUUACUUAGGUCAAUAUAUAUUCGAAAAUAGGAAAAACCCUUUGUUACUAUCUAGGUGUUACUUAAUCUGGUACAGUCGGUGCUUAAGUAUGCUGUUAAGGAGUGGAUUUAAGAUCGUAUACAUAUAAUCCUGUAUGUGCUCUUCUGCUUCGCUACAUAGCACCACCUAUGGUUAGGGCUGCACCAUGCAACCCACGGGUUGGAGUAUUACAGUACUUAUUAAAUACAUUUACUUGA